CCUCUAAACUCCAACGUUUCCAGUAAGGGAAACCUCCUAAAGGUUUCUAUGAUCGCCUGGACGAUCAAGUGUCGAACGUCCGCUUCGAAACAGUAUCCACUUCAGUUCUACUUAAUUCGGCAAACGAUGACGAAGGCCACCCUGACCAACGCGAGUUCAAAACAUACCACAUGGCAACCGUAACAGUCAUCAAACACAUUACAUGGCGACCGUGACUUUUAAACUGUAAUCUUCGGAUGUGCAAAAAAAAGUGACGAAUGAAACCUCAAACACGGACAAAAAGUGCAAAGUGGAAACGUUUUAUAAAAAUCGCAAGUGCUUCUGAAAUGACUUGGAAAGUGAUUAAUUACCAACAAUAGUGAACUACGAGUGAAAACCAAUCAUUUUCAAAAUGGGAGGCAAGGCUGCAAAACCUGAAACAAAUAUAAAAGGAGACCAUGAUCUCACAAUAGUUCAAACUCAGAAUAUUCAUACAGAAUAUCAUCUGACUCAGGAUUUAAAACUAAACAUUAUUUUAGGGCUGCUAAUCACCCUGUGCAUUGUUAAAAUAGCGAAAACUUGUUACAAACACCUUCGUAACCAAGCGCAAAAACACGCUUUAAAAGUGCUUACGCUACCAAAGUAGCAACGUUAACAUUGAAUCGAGAACAGUGAAUGAAUGAUAUACGAAAAAGGUGAUAUGCUAUUUGACCCACAAAAAUAGGUAAAGGCUGUGGGAAAGUACCGUAAGUUCACCAAUGCAGCUAUUGACCGCGAUUAUGAAAAACAAUUAUGCGCGUAUGAGAACCUACCUCAACGUGUAAAAACACUGUGACCAGCGGUAUGGUUUGGAACAGCCGUUCCCAACGCGGAAGACGAGAAGAAUAAGGCAAGAAUGGACGGUUGCUCACUGUCGGACAGACAGGUGAAAGAAGAGAUCCCUGGGCCAAGGGACAGCAGUUCACCGAGCACCGGGAACAACGUAGCACCGUGAGCAGCAACAACAACAAAUGUAUUUAAAAAGGUACCGUACACAUGCAAUUUUUACGGACGAAGCUGCAUAAAUAUGCAAAAGCUGUUAGAAAAAAUAGAAACUAAAUCUGACAAAAUGGCUGACAUUAUAGAACUAAUUAAAAUCACCACUUCUCUCAUAUCAAAGUAUGAUGGUAAUGAGAAAGAUUUAAAAGGUGUGGUGUCAAAUUUAAAUGUAUUAAAGAAAAUAGUGAAGCCGGAGAGUAGGGAAACAAUAAUAGAGCUAGUAUUAGGACGUCUGACAGGUAAAGCGCGAAUUGUUGUAGGAGAAGCCCCAAACUCAAUAGAAGAUAUAGUUAACAAACUACAAGACAGAUGCAGCAUAAAGGUAACACCAGAAAUAGUAGUAUCCAAAAUGGAUAAUACGAAACAGACAGGAACAAUAGAAGAUUUCGGAAGCAUUAUAGAAAAACUAACGCAGCAACUUGAAGAAGCAUACAUAGCGGAAGAAAUAACACCAGAAGUAGCCAGGAAAAAAGCAACUAAGUCUGGAAUUAGCGCAUUGAGUUAUGGACUUAAGGAUGGCGAAACCAAAAUAAUAAUGAGAUCAAGCAAAUUCGAAACCCUGCAUGAAGCAAUAGAACAAGCAGUAAAAUUGGAACUAGAAGACAGAACGAAAAAGGGAAAGAAUGAACAGACAAAAAUUUUAUAUUCAAACGCUACUAGGAACAAUAGAGGGUAUGGUAACAACUACCAGGGAAGGAACAAUUACAAUAGAUUCUCAAAUAAUAAUAAUAAUAGGUAUCAGACACAAAACCCACCCAGGUUCCCACCCGCAAGAUAUGGACAUAACAAUAACCGAAACAAUAAUAACUACAGAAAUAACAACUUUAACAACACUAGAAAUCAGCACGCAAAUCGACAAAAUAAUUCCAACAGAAAUCAGUACGUACAAUCCAAUCAGAGAAAUAAUAGCAAUUUGCAAAAUAAUCGAGCGCCUAUUCAUAACACAUUACAUGGCAAAAAUAGAUAA